UUAUUUUUGCGUGGUUCUCUUUGGGGAACUGUUUGUAAACAUUGAUGAAAAGACGGAAGAACCCUGAGGUUUCGACUCGGGAACAACCAAAAACGGAGCAAUAACUGAAAAUACUUGAUUUGUUUGGAGCUAUAUCUGUCUGAGUUUCUUCCCUGUCCUCCAUGGAGUCCUUAAACACAUUUGAGUCUGAGAUGGAGGCUGAUGGUCAGGGAAACUACUCCUUGUUCCCAGCUCUGGACAGCAUUGCAAGUCUGUCGGGGACCACAGAAACUCUGGACAGUGAUCCACCAAGUGAAAUAAUGGAGAAGCCAAACCUCACAUGGCUGGAUGCUGCACAGAUUGUCUUGGAGGAAGCUGGGCGUCCGAUGCAUAUAAAAGAGAUCAAGCAGAGAAUCAUUGACAGGGGCCUCGUUCAGUCCAAUGCAAAAUCAAGUCUGGAGGCAGUCAUGUACCGAGAGACCCAAAAGGGCAGCAGGAGGUUCAAGAGGAUUGAAAACAGAAACGGAGUCUUUGCACUGCUGACUGAUGAGGAGCGACAACAAGCACUGCAGGCCUUUACUGCCCAGUCUUUUCUCAGCUCACCACAGCAAAAUACAGGAGGUUCUGGCUCCGGCUCAUCAGCAACUGUCUUUCCAUCCUCGACCUCCUCCUCCGAGCCCAGAGCCAAGGUGAAGAGAGGAUCACGAAAAAAUCAGAACGAAAAGUACCGACUCAAGUACCUCAGGCUGCGGAAAGCGGCUCGCACCAUGAUAUUUGAGAAUGCAGCUCUGUGUGAUGAGGUUGCACAUUUAGAGGAGAAGUUUGUGAGGGCAAAAGAGGAGCGGAGGUUCUUACUGAAAUCAUUGCUGCAGUACCAGUCUUUGACAGAGGGGGAGAUCAUUCCCACACCAAGCUCAGGUUCACAUCCACCUGUGCAGCCUGUGGCGCUGACCUCAGCGCCCGCAGGUGUUUCUGGUCUUUCGGCUGCACUGAGCAUGACGUCAGUGGUGUCAACGGCCGAGGAGGGAAAUCUGAGGAAACCCAAGAAGGAGAGGAAGGAGCGAGGGAGGGAGAAUGGCAAAGAAGAGCUGCCCAAAAAGAUGUCAAAGAAAAGAAAGCUAGUCGAUGGUUCAAGGAAACUGGUGCAGCCCAUCCCUCUGGACUCAUCUGGUCGCCCCGUCUUUCCCAUUGUGCUGGGAGGUUUGACCGUGUACAGCCUGGGGGAGAUCAUCACAGACAGAAUGUCGUUCCACGAUGAGUGCGCCAUCUAUCCAGUGGGUUUCUGCAGCACCCGAGUCUUUGCGAGUAUGAAGAAUCCUGACCAGCAGUGUCUCUACACCUGUCAAAUCAAAGACGGAGGAAACGGUCCAAAGUUUGAGAUUGUUCCUGAAGAUGAUCCUCAGAACGCCAUCGUGGCCUCGUCCGCACUGACGUGUCACUCCAACCUUCUGAAAGCCGUCGCAUCCGUCAGUUCCAAAUGCGUUACACCCAUCGUGCCAUCGGGGGCAGACUUCUUUGGCUUUUCUCACCCAACCAUCCAGAAUCUAAUCCAGAGUUGUCCAGGAGCACGCAAAUGUACCAACUACAGAUGGAUUCGUUUUGAGGUGUGUCGUCCAGGCGACGGCCAAAUCCCACACAGCCUAUCGGAGGACGACGCCUCGGUCAACUUUGAAGCCUACCAAAGGCACCAGUGCUUCGAUAAGAACGUCAAGACGGAGCACGGCACAGGACCACAGUCUCCGAGCUCGUCUCUUCAGCACCAGCACAUGACCUCCCCCUCAGUGAAGCCCUCCACCUCAUAUUACAGCUCCUGAUUUUUGGUCACUUUUGGAUUUCAGUUACGUUUUGUCCUCUGGUUAAAUUAUUGUUUUGUAUUUUCUGUGAUUUCCCAGUACAUCUGUCUGUCAUUGUUGAACAUAAAAGAAAUACAUAAAAUACAUCUCAAAAUAA